CCAGCACAUCAUGGCGUCAAUGCUCUCUCAACAAGAGGACUUUGUAUUUGUUAACAUAUCGCGACCCGAUGAGAUCAAGGCCGCUUCCACUCAACGCACCAUCCGGCGUUGGGUCAUGCGCGACAUUGGACGAUCGCGUCGGACACAGCGCAAGCCACAAACCUGGACUCUGUCUCUAACACCGUCUAUCCAUCCAAGCACGGCGCUCAUAUCUUCGGCAAACCCCGCUAGAAUCCCGGCAUCAAUCGAUCCCUGCAACGCCACUUUCUACCCUACACAGCUCGAUGACAGAGGUCUACAGCUGAUGCACUUUAUGACAAGCGACAAGGACUAUGUCUUCCGACCAUUCCGCUCCGUCUGGUUCUCAAUGGCGUUGACCGAUCCCAGCGCCACCUUCGUGGCCUUGGCGAAUGCGGCUAUGUUCCUCGAUCAGCGACUCCGUGCGCAGGAGUUUAGCUACGAAACAAGCUCGGAGUGCCUAGCGUACUACGGAAGAUGUGUGCAGCAAGUCAGAGGCCGGCUGGGAAAUGUUAAAGAGAGCCUUGGUGAGGGAGUGAUCACUGCAAUUUUGGGAUUGAUCUGUCAUGACUUGUAUGUUGGUAUGUGUGACCGAUGGAAUACUCACUUCCAAGGCCUUGAGCGAAUUAUCCGAUUGAGAGGAGGUUAUGAUGGUCUGGGUGUCAAUGUGGCCUUGUUUGCUUUUUGGCUCGAUAUUGUGGGUAGCGUGGCGGUGGACACGCCUCCUCGAAUGCCCAAACCGCCAGGACUUGCAGGAUAUUUGGGUACGGAACCUCCCGACGCCUUAAAGCCCGCGAUCAGAAGCCUUCUCGACGACAUUUCAAUAAGACAUGGAUCGUUCUGCGAUGUACCAGUCGCUCUCAACCAUGCCAUUCUGGAAGCGCGAAGAUAA